CAAUACUAUCGAUAGUAUUGUUGGGUGUUCUAGGUAAAUUACCAGGUUGUGCGUUGCACGUGCGUUGCUUUGUUUUGUUUGUUUACGCUUUGUUUACUUGUACAAGCACGUUCCUACAUUAUUAAAAAUUUCACCAGAUUAUGUUUAUGAGUAUUGUAUAAUAUAGAAUUCUAUUUUAUUUCGAAAUGUACGUUUCCAAAUUUAAACUUUCCCUUGUUUGCAUUCUUGGUAGUGUUGGUGCAACUUAUUUAUUUCGGAGAUACACAAACAAAAAUCGGCGUGAAGCCUAUUAUGUUUUUAAUUAUUUAAACAUAAAAACUGUUUGUACUGUAAAUGAGUGCUAUGAAGUUAUAAAAGAAUUGAAACGGCGAUGCAGUUCCCAUAAUGCUGUUGGAUUCGACUGUGAAUGGAUAUAUGAGAAUCGCUGCAGAAAACCAAUUGCUCUAGUCCAGCUGUCUUCAUAUGAUGGUUAUUGUGGCCUGUUCCGGCUGGACAAACUCACAUUUGUACCCUCAGUACUAAAAGAAUUCCUAGAAGAUGAGAACAUUUACAAAAUUGGUGUUAGCCCGGUAUGGGACGCCAGGUUCCUACGUGAAGAUUAUGGUGUUGCCGUCAAGUCUGCUUAUGAUAUCCGACACAUGGCCCAGAAGUGGUAUGCGCCCAGAGGCCUAGCCUACCUAGCCAAGACUGCACUUGACGUUAUUUUGGAUAAGGAUAAGAAGAUUCAAUGCGGUAACUGGGAGGCCGACAAACUUAGCAACCGACAAAAAAAUUACGCAGCGGUCGACGCGCACGUGGCCAUCAGGAUGUUCGUCGACUUCAUCAACAAGUUGAAACACGACCUCGAAAAUUUGGCCGAUAUAUGGAGCAACCUGCAUGUGGUGUGCCAGAAACAUGCCGAUGUGGAUUUCACACACCACCAUUGGGAAAUGUAUAAAGUUAAAUUGAAAUCUAUUCGUAAAAAUAACCGGUGAUGGUCUUGUUGUUCAUCGUGAUGGAAAUUAUUUGCUCUUGCUUAAAAAGAAAAUGAGUACAGUGUACGCAUUUCACCAUAAGUCUUUUAUAGAAUACUCGUAAAUACAGUUCAAAAUCAAAACCCUCCUUUUUGCUUCACCAUAGUCGGGUAAAUAUUCAGAUUACUCAGAGGGACUAAACACUCACUAUAAAUACCUAUCUCUCAGUAAAAGUAUGCCUUUUUAUGUAAAGAGCACUUACAAGUCAGAUAUACGGUGACAUAUUUCAAAGAUCAUAAUGUAUAAAUGAAUAAAGAGUAUGAGAAUAAUAAAUUUUUAAUUUAUUAUCA